UCUACCAGCCCCACGAGGCGCUCAGCCGCUUUCUGGUGUCGGCGCAGCAGGAGUUCAAGAUCCCCAUCAGGUAUCUCCAGGAGUAUGCAGCGCUGGGCACAGGUGGUGGCAUAUAUCACUUCCGAGACCAGAUCCUGUCAGGUGGUGCUGAGGCUUUCUUUGUCCUCAACGCAGAUGUGUGCUCAGAGUUCCCCUUGCAGGAGAUGCUAGCGUUCCAGCAGCGGCACGGGGAUGCGGACAGCUUUGUCAUUCUGGGUACCACAGCCAACAGGACACAGGCACUGAAUUAUGGCUGUAUUGUGGCAAACACAGACACGCAGGAGGUCCAGCACUACGUGGAGAAGCCCAGCACAUUUGUCAGUGAGAUCAUUAACUGUGGCAUCUACCUGUUCACACCUGCCAUCUUCCAGUACAUCGGCGAGGUCUUCCAGAGGAACCAGCAGGAGCUAGUGCUCUGUCCUUACCUUGGGGAGGAGAGCUCCAAUGGCUGGCAACGUGCAGAAGUGAUCCGGCUAGAGCAGGAUGUUUUCACGGCACUGGCUGGGAAAGGCAAACUCUAUGUCUACAAAACUGAUGGCUUCUGGAGCCAGAUCAAGUCAGCUGGCUCUGCUAUCUAUGCCAGCCGCCUUUACCUGAACCAGUACAGCAAAACCCACCCUGAGAGACUGGCCCAGAACAAACCUGGAGGCCCUAUCAUCCGAGGGAAUGUGUACAUCCACCCAACGGCCUCUAUUGACAGCAGUGCGGUGCUGGGCCCCAAUGUGUCCAUUGGGGAGGGGGUGACAGUGGGAGCUGGUGUGCGCUUGCGAGAGUCCAUUGUCCUGCAUGGUGCCUCGCUCCACGACCACACCUGUGUCCUCAAUACCAUCGUGGGCUGGGACAGCACCAUUGGGCGCUGGGCCCGGGUUGAGGGAACUCCCAGUGACCCCAACCCCAACGAUCCCUAUGCCAAGAUUGACAGCGAGACCCUCUUCCGGGACGGGCGCCUCACACCCUCCAUCACAAUCCUGGGCUGCAGUGUCACCAUCCCCGCUGAGGUGGUUAUUCUCAACUCCAUCGUCCUUCCUCACAAGGAGCUAAGUCGCAGCUACAAGAACCAGAUUAUCCUGUGA